UUAAUAAGGACAUACUGUAGGUUGUUUCCGAAGAUGUAACGGGGUGGGGGUGGGGCAAGAUAUUGAAUAUUGUUUGUUUUCCAUUUCAUAACCUUAUACAAAAAGUACAUUACAGCCUUCUGUUUCUCUCGCUCAUUCUUUGUGAGGCAUCAUCAUUUUUCCUGCUUCCCCUCUUUCUUUGCCCUUCUCAUUUCCCCCUCCUUCCCUCUCUGUCACUUUCUAUUCAUUUGCCUUUUCCCUUCUGUUAGCAAAUGCUGAAGGAAGGGGAUGCUUGUGGAUAGGGGUGGGCUGCAGCCACUGCUAGUGCAGGUUGAUAAUAAACCUGCAUGAGUCCUCUGUAACAUCUGAGUCCUCUGUAACUCAUGACAGAGUGCAAAGGCAACAGCCACACCCAUUGCAUGUCCCCAGCAUCUGGGAUUCAGCCUGUGCUGGAGGUUCUCUAUAGCCAUCCUGACUAAUCGCCACAGAGGGGCCUCUCCUCCUCCAUGAAUGUUUCUAACCCCCUUUCAAACCCAUCUAAGCCAGGGAUCAUCACCACACCUAGUUCCACAAGUAAAUUGGCUUUCUUUUUUGUGUAUUCUGAACAGAGACAGGCCUUAGUGCUAAAUGUGAUGUAGAGGGAUUUCCUAGCUAAGGGACUUCAGCAAGUGAUUCGGUGGAAAACAUGUGGGGAGCAGGGAGGGCAGGACAGGGGUGACUCUCCCCUGGUGCUUUGACACUUUGAGCUGCACAACCAAGACAGUGUUUGGAUUCAAACCGGAACCAGCGUGGCCAGUAACUGAUCUUGCGAUCUCACAAUCAGCCAAAGAAUUCUGCCGUCAUGAUUCCCCUUGGAGACCUGUGAGGAUUCUGCAGGAGGCUCACUUGGCAGCAUUCUAGAUAAGCUGCAGCAUCUUUGAUAAGUUGGCUGUCUUUGGCUGUCAGUUUAUCAUCAGCUUAUCAUCUUAGCUGUCAGGAUGGGUGGCUGCUGGUCAUGGGUGAACUGUAGGGAUGAAGAUGAAGAUGAAGAGGGGGCACAGACUGGUCAUCCCAGAAAUCCGGCCCAUGUUGCCCCGUGUCCUGGGGGACCCAGGUUGCACCAUUUUCUGGGGGACCCUCAGGGGGAAGAGCCCAAUGAGGCAACCUUGGUGCCAGGAUCCCUUCCAGGACUUCAUGUCCCCACAGAUAUUCUGGAGGAAGAGCUCAAUGAGGAAACGUCAGUGCCAGGAUCCCUUCCAGAACCUCACAUCCCCACUGAUAUUCUGGAGCAAGAGUUCAAUGAGGAAAUGUCGGUGCCAAGAUCCCUUCCAGGACCUUGCAUCACCAAUGACAUUCUGGGGGAAGAGCCCAAUGAGGCAACCUUGGUGCCAGGAUCCCUUCCAAUACUUUGUGUCCCCACUGACAUUCUGGGGAAAGAGGUCAAUGAGGAAACCUCAAAGCCAGGACCUCUUCCAGGACCUCACAUCACCAAUGGUAUUCUGGGAGAAGAGCUCAAUGAGGAAACCUCAGUGCCAGGAUCCCUUUCAGGAACUCUCAUUUCCACUGAUAUUUUCGAGGAAACGCUCAAAGAGGAAACCUCGAUGCCAGGAUCCCUUCUAGGACCUCACAUUACCAAUGACAUUCUGGGGGAAGAGGUCAAUGAGGAAACCUCAGUGCCAGGUCCUUCCAUCCCCACUGGCACUCCAAAGGAAGCAGCUUUUGUGUCAGAGCCCUUACCAGAGCCUUCCAUUGCUGACAAUUAUCUUGAGCAGCGGUGGGGAAAGGAAGGUGACCAAGCUCUGAUGCCUGUAAUUCAGACAGCUUCUCAUGAUGAUCCUGCAGGCCCUGCUGCAUGUCUCCGCCCCCCUGGGUCCGCUUCAUUAUUAUCUUCUGCCUCGCUGGAAGUUGGCUCCAUCCCACCCUCCGCCUCCACCUCUUCUUUCCUCCUGCAUCCCUCUCCCCCUCCUCCUCCUUCCCCACCUCCUCUAGAGCCGGACCUCAGCAAUGUAAAAGAAACUCUUCAGAGUUUGAUGGGUUUGCAGUUCCAUCAGCUGAAUGACCGCCAAAGAGACCUCCACGGCUGCCAGGAAUGUUUGCAAAACCUCAAGGCACUGAGGGGACAGCUCCGGAGACUGCGGAGCAGACUGGCAAGGGUGGAAGCCACUAUGGGGAUCCUGGUUCCUCCAAGGGAGCUGGAUGUUGAGGAGGAAAAAGAGCAAGACAAAAACCAGACAGUGCUUCAUACAAAAGUAGCAAUAAAAUGCUGCAUAUUUAUUUUAAAAAUAUUAAACAUUUGUUUUCAUAGGAUAGGAUUUAGAGAUAAAACAACAAUAGAACAUGCAUAUUUACUGCUUAAAAAUUAAAAAGUUGAUUUUAAAGAAAAUAAA